AUGCCACGGGAUAUCGAUUACAAAUGGUCGGAAGAUCUGCGAUCGAUCUUCAUAACAUUCACAGGAAUUAUCGGCGUAAAGAUGCAUACUCUUGAUGUCGAACUCGCUGAUCUAUUCGUCAAGAUUAACCACGCACCGACUAGACAGUUGCAAGUCAUAGAUCUGCAAGACUCAGUGGAAAUGACCGCGGCAUCUACCGUAAUCCACGGCUCAUCGGUACAAGUCCAACUAACGAAGUGUUCUCCUAGGAUAUGGGGACAACUGGAAUACACUGGAGAGGAUGUGAAAAUCAGGCGAGCUGAGAGCAGGGCGCGGGCCGAGACCUUCGAGAAAACUCGCAUCGAAUCAGCAGCAAAGACCAGGCAGGAACAGGUGAAACAUAGCGAACAGAUGCAGUGGAAGGAAGACAGGGAAAGUCGAGAAAUGUUCGAGAAGAAGAGAUUCGACGCCAAGACGGCUGCUGAGAAUCAAAUGUACGAAGAUCUGGCUAAAGUGGAGACCCAUAAGAACGUAAAAGACCAUGUGGCGAUCCUGGACGAAGAAUCAGACUCCGAGCCUGAGAGUGACUUACAAGAAGCAAGGGUUGUUGAGCAAGUGUUGAGUACAGAACCUGAAGGACUGUCGAGCAAGCCUCAUGCUACCGUGGAGGAGCUUCCUCUACCACCGAUUCGUAAUCAAGGCGAGCAGUCGGUGAAAAUAGGGCUAGAGUUUUCGAAAAGGCGACAGGUUGGCGUGCCGGCUCGUGAUCGACCUGGAAGGGAAGCCCCGCGGCCUAAAGCGGAGGGUACUGGCAUAAUGGGAGUAUCACAAGGAGAGGGAGCUGUGGAGGAAAACUCCCCGAUGAUGCUCAAAGAACGAGGCGAUAAGAUGAUGGCAAACGGCGACUUCAGGGGGGCGUAUACGGGUCGACUAUCACUAGCAUGCGAAGACUGCGGCCACGCUCUAGCAGCAUUAGAUCUUCAACUCAAGUAUCAGGCUGGAGGAGUUGUCGGAGUGGAGGAGUGCGAGCGACUAUCAAAUGAUAAGGAAAAGAUAGCGGCAGCAUUCGAGACUGUCUGGGCCGAAAAGAAAGCCGGGGAUGACAUGUAUCGACAGAGGGACCUCGCUGGGGCCGUUGACAAAUACGAGAAGCUCAUCUCGAGUCAUGGACGUAACCCAGUCUUGUUGGCCAACUUGAGCCAAUUCAAGUUACAACAGGAAGAGUACCAGGAGACUAUGAAGUUGGUGGACGAAGCCCUAGUGGCGACUUGGAGUAUCCCGAGUAUGAACCCGGUGGUCCCACCUAAGUAUGAAGUCCAUCUGCAUCAGCUCCUGAUCGACCCGCCUACUUUCAACGAUGUGAGACUGAAUUAG